AUGGCGCUGACAUCAUGGAAAGCGUUCAAUUUCAUCGACCUCUCGCCGGUCGCGCUGCCGGAAGAGAGCGCCUCGGUCUUCGGUAGUGACCUCUCGAGUAUCUGCACCGGCUCCGCGAACCUCUUCCUCGGCACUGUCGAUGGUCUCGUCCACAUUGUAUCCUCGGCCUUCCGCGUCGUGCGGUCGUUCCGAGCGCACGAUGCCGGCUCGAUCACUCACAUGAAACAGAUCGAUGGCUCUUCGUUGCUGGUUACUGUGGCGGAGGAUCUUCUCAAUGAGCCCGUUAUGAAGGUCUGGGCGCUGGAUACAGAGAAGAAGGGUGGCGGGCCGCGCUGUUUGUCGACUGUUUCGGUGCAGAAUGCCAGGAGGCAGUUUCCGAUCUCUGCUUUUGCGACCGUCGACGAUCUCUCUCAGGUGGCUGUCGGCUUUGCGAACGGGUCCGUGACUAUCAUCCGCGGCGACUUUAUUCAUGACCGCGGCGCCCGGCAGCGCAUUGUGUUCGAGUCGGAGGAGCCCAUUACCGGACUGGAGACACAACAGGGCGCAGUCACUACCCUCUAUAUCGCGACUACCAGCCGCAUACUCACACUCGUCAUCUCUGGCAGGGGCCAGGGCCAACCCACGCGCGUGUUGGAGGACACGGGCUGUGCCUUGGGGUGCAUGACGCUCGAUAAAGAGGCGGGAAAUAUUCUGAUUGCUAGAGAGGAUGCUGUUUACACGUAUGGUCCGCGUGGCCGUGGCCCCAGCUAUGCGUUCGAGAGCCCCAAGACGUCCAUCAAUGCCUUCCGCGACUAUGUCGCGCUGGUUUGUCCGCCCAAAGCUGGAUCGAAGACGGAUCCUCUGAGGAAGUACGGGGUGGGCUCGGCGGAUGAAAUUCUCGGCACGACGACUUUUACUCUCCUUGAUACCGAUUUGAAGUUCAUCGGACACAGCGAAUCCCUCGUAUCACCCAUGAAACACAUUUUCAUGGAGUGGGAUGAUCUGUUCUUGCUCACAACGGAUGGAAAGAUCUUUCGCUACCGAGAGAAGAGUCUUCAGCAGAAGCUGGAAAUUCUUUAUGAACGCAACCUCUACAUUUUAGCUAUCAAUCUCGCGCAAAAGACUGGGAUUGAUCCCCUACAGCAGAAUGCGAUUUAUCGCAAGUACGGCGACUUUCUCUACCAGCGAGGCGACUAUGACACGGCCAUGCAGCAGUACCUUCGGGCAAUUGAUAACACGGAGCCAUCCCAGGUCAUCCGCAAGUAUCUGGAUACACAGCGCAUCCACAACUUGAUCGAGUAUUUGGAAGAGCUGCAUGACCAUGGCCGUGCCACGGUGGACCACACAACGCUGCUUUUGAACUGCUAUGCGAAGCUCAAGGAUACGAGCAAGCUGGACUCCUUUAUCAAGGCUCCUGGCGAGCUGAAGUUUGACUUGGAGACUGCCAUCGCCAUGUGUCGACAGGGAGGCUAUUUUGAGCAAGCGGCGUACUUGGCCACGAAGCACGGCGAGAAUGACAUGGUUGUCGAUAUCCUCAUCGAAGACUCCAAGAAGUAUGCCGAGGCAGUGGAAUACAUCUGGCGCCUGGAUCCUGAAGUGACAUACCACAAUCUAAUGAAAUAUGCCCGUGUUCUUCUGGCCCAUUGCCCCGAACGAACCACCGAGCUCUUCAAGGCUUACUACACAGGCCAGUACCAGCCGUGUACUGUGGAAACCCCCGCAGAGCCUGAAACGCAACCAACCAGCACCGUUCAAAACCUCGCCGCUCUCCUUCCCCUGCGGUACAUGGCUGUUGGAGCGAGCACACGGCCCCAAGUUCAGCAUUCUGAACCUCUGGAAACAAGCGAGGACCCGGGUGCGAGCUCGCCGCCUGAGUAUGAGAUUCCGAACCCACGAACUGCCUUCUCUUCGUUUGUCGAUAAUCCACAGGAGUUUAUUAGUUUCUUGGAAACCCUUGUGCAGCAACCCGAUUUACAGCAGGUUGCCAAAGUAGAUCUUUUCACGACAUUGUUCGAAAUGUACUUGGACACGGCGAAGUAUAAGAAGGAUGCCACCGAGCGACAAGAGUGGGAAACAAAGGCCAAGAAGCUCAUCGAAGGCAAAGAUAUCCCAAUCUCUACAUCCAAUGUCCUGCUUCUCUCCGACCUUUCGAAUUUCCGAGAAGGGUCCACUCUCGUCCGAGAGCAAGAAGGUUUACGGCUGGAUAUUUUCCGGUCUUUCACAUCUGCCAAGGAUACACAGGGCGCCCUCAAAGCGCUGCGUCGGUAUGGGCCUGACGAGCCCCAGCUGUACGUGGAUGCCUUGACGUACUUCGCCUCGAGUCCCAAGAUUCUCGAAGAAGCUGGAGACGAACUCGAUGCGGUCCUGCGCCGUAUCGAUGAAGGUGGGCUCCUCUCUCCGCUACAGGUGAUUCAAGCCUUGAGCAACAAUGCGGUUGUGACGAUGGGGCGGGUCAAGAAAUAUCUCAGCGACAAUAUCGACCGCGAACGCAAAGAAAUCACCACGAACCGCCGCCUCAUCGCAAGCUACAAAUCCGAAACCGCCACUAAACAACAAGAACUCGACCAACUCGCCUCGCAAUCCGUCGUCUUCCAAUCCCGCCGCUGCCAGUCCUGCGGCGGCACCCUCGACCUACCCACCGUGCACUUCCUGUGCCGCCACUCCUUCCACGAGCGGUGUCUCAACCGCGUCGACGACGACGCCCAAUGCCCCGUGUGCGCGCCCACCAACGCAACCCUGCGUGCAAUCCGCCAGCGCCAGGUCGAUUCGGCCGAUCAGCAUGAUCUGUUCCGGGCAGAGUUGCAGCGCUCGCGCGAUGGGUUUGGGGUUGUGAGUGAGUUUUUUGGGAGGGGGGUUAUGCGGUCUUAA